ACCUUAGUUGUCUUCGAUCUUCAUCCCUCCCGUGAACUCUCCUUAGCCCUUACCAACCAAAACUGGGCUACCUCAGCUCCAAGCUCCACUACUCCAAGCAUCCUAAACAAAAAAAUGAACUUCACCUAUGCUUUUUUCCACCUUAUCCCCUUGUUCUUUUCCCUGAUCCCCUUCAUCGUCCAUCCCUCCAACGCUGCAACUACUAAUCCAACUGAGCUGGUGCUCCAUGUAUGCAGGCGGACCUCGGAUUACUCCUUCUGUGUCGAGUCUCUCUACAGCGACCUCCACACCCCAGGCGCCGAUGCGUACCAGCUCGCCUACGUCUCGUUCCGCCUAGCUUACCUCAAUGCCACCGGCACCCAACACCACAUAGCCACGCUCCUUCAACAUUCCUCAUCCCCAGGCCAGAGUCAGCAUCUCCGUCAGUGUAGCCGCGAUUACAAGAAGGCCACUUCCGCGCUGGAACGGGCUUACUAUGACCUGGACUCCGAGACCUUCUUCGAGUUGGCUGAUUUCGCGGGUGUUGCCGCCCAUGCUGCUGCUGAUUGUCAAGCCGCCACCAAGGGAACCUAUUCCUCGCUUGCUGUCAUGAAUAAGAACCUGAAGCGUCUUUCCGAAAUCUGUAAUGUCGUCUCUAAACUAUUUUCUGCAUCUUAGUUUCUGUGAUCACUCCUCUCUAUUUAAGAUUAAUGGUUUUAGCUUUUCUCUUCA